AUGUCCAUUCUCUCCUUCUCGUCCGCCCUGUUUGCUGCCACAACGAGCGCCCAUAUGAUCCUUGGGUCGCCACCACCAUACGGCAGUCCAGACAACAGCCCUCUCGUAGCAGAUGGCUCUAACUUCCCUUGCAAAGCUACAAGCAACGCAGGCGCGAUUGUCACGGAGAUGGCCAUUGGUGCACCACAGCCACUCUGGUUCAUCGGAUCUGCAGUACAUGGUGGAGGCUCAUGCCAAAUCUCUCUCACCACGGAUAUGCCAGCAACAAAGAGUUCCAGCUGGAUGGUUAUUCACUCCAUUGAGGGGGGCUGCCCUGCCAAAGGCGUCUCUGGCAACGACGCCGCCGGCCAAAGUGGAGGCAGCAAUUACACCUACACCAUCCCUCAAGGCAUCACUCCGGGAUCAUACACUUUAGCCUGGACCUGGUUCAACAAAAUAGGCAACCGGGAGAUGUACAUGAACUGCGCGUCGAUCAAAGUCAGCGGAGGAUCGAAGAAGAGAGCAGCCACUCUUAAUGAAACUCUCGGCAUUCCCGAGCUCUAUGAACGCACGACGCCAUCUUUCCCAGGCAUGUUCAAGGCUAACAUACCAACAACCGACUGCGAGACUGUGGACUCAGCCGAUGUGUUAUUUCCAGACCCAGGAGCUUCCGUCGAAAAGGAUGGAACCAGCGCACUCACUGCCCCAACAGGCGCUAAAUGUAACGUUGUGGCUGGUGGUGGUUCAUCCUCAUCGAAUUCAAGUACAGCUGCCGCUGGAUCGUCUUCAUCUGGGUCAUCUGGGUCUGGGUCAUCUGGGUCUGGGUUAUCUGGGUCUGGGUCAUCUGCUCCAGCAUCUCCUGGGUCCUCCAGUGCUGCUUCGGCUGCUCCUUCGAUGGCCACUUCUGACGCUCCUGCACCUGCCGCCACUUCAAUGGCUGCUGCUCCUUCAGUUUCUGCCUCUCCAGUGGUCGCCGCAGCUCCUUCCGUGGCUGCCGCAGCACCUAGCUCUGCGCCUUCGGCAAUAACGAACUCUUCGUCGAGCUCAACAACGCCCUCCACGUCGUCCACCGGCACAUGCUCCACAGCUGGCCAGUCCGUCUGCUCGCCUGAUGGAAAGCAAAUUGGCGAGUGUACGCCUCAACUCACCGUCACAUGGAUCCCUGUGGCUGAUGGUACGAAAUGUGUGGGAGGAUAUCAAGUCUUUGCUAAGCGCUCUAACCCCAAAUUCCAGAAGGGUUAUGUCCGUAGAGGCGAGGGCCUCGGCCUCUGGUGA